CUCCAUCCAUUGAUCUUUUGCUCCUUCACCACAAUUUCUCCCUCACCACCUCCUCCCCCUCCCCCUCUACACUUCCACUGUCUCUCUAUUUUGGGCCCUCAGAGAGGGCAGGGUGACUCCCAGUAAGUCACCUACGUCUUUCUCCUUGCCUCACCCUCUCCGUCUGUCUCGCUUUCUUAAGCAUUUAGCCAGCUAGAAACUUAAUCCCAGAAAUUUAAACUCAAGACUUUUGUAGACACAAACUGAAACCUUGAAUAGGAACUUACCAAAAAGAAAAAGAAAGAAAUCUUCCCUGGAUUUUCCUCCAUUUUCCUCUGUGGCUGAAGUUUGAGAGUAUUUUUAGACCCGCUGUGAUCCAGCUUAUCACAAUUGCUCUGCGCUUUUUGCUGCUGGAUUUGAGUGUUGCCUCCACCGCUUUUUUUUGGUCUUUUUUUCUCACAUUCAACCGGGGCCAAAGAGGAUUUAACGAAGGAGUUACAUGCUUGUUUCUAUGGUAACGCUGCCUUUCCUGAGCCUUUGAAGGACUGAAGGUUAUCGCAGAACAUCCAGCAAACUCAAACGUCCAAGGUACAGUGAAAAUCCCUUUCACUGACUCAACUUCAUAGCAAUGUUCGGAUACUACUGUUACUGGAGGUUGGAGCCCUCCUCAGCAAUGAGCAGUCCAACAAACAGCAAGGAGGCAAGCCCUUCACCUCAGACCAAUCAUAGAACAUUUUUGGAUGAUGUCAUCCUGACCUUCACUUCACCAAUGGCCUGGUUGCUGGUCGUGGCUCUGGUGAUCACAUGGUCGGCAGUCGCCAUCGUACUUUUUGAUCUGCUGGACUAUAAAACUCUGGCAGGUACAGCAAGUCUCCCUCCUCCUGCUGCCAUCGCCAAGAGAGCAAUGAGGGCUAGAGGUGGUGCUCGUCCAAUUAGAUCAAGCCCUGCUGUGGUCCCAGCUGAUGUUGCAGCUCAGGAGAGCGCUGAUUGGUUGGAGAUGAUUUGGUCUUUUGUUGCCAGUUUGGUGGCUCCUGAGGAUGAGGAGGAAGGUAUUCACCAGCUAACUGAAACCCUCACAUCUUUCCACUCGGAGGAGCUCUGAGCAAGAGAAGUGUGCGAGGAGAGAGAACAAGUAUCGACAAGAGUCAAGCAAGAGGAAGAUACGGAAAAAAGAGACGAGUACGCAUCUGAAGUGGAGGAUGUAAAGAAACAGAAGGAUGAGGAGCAGGAUGUACAGUUUAUCACAGUUAUGUUUCAUUAUGUCUGCCUGGAACUUGAUGAAUAAAACUCUCUAUUUGGAAAAA